AUGGCAGAAUUGAUUCAGGCUUGUGCUCCACAUUACAAAUACUUCUUCUCGAAGUUCGAAGUGAUUGAACCGGUAGGGACUUGUUUUUAUGCGACUGAAGGGUUUGAGCGCAUUGAAGAAUUCGCAUCGUGCAGACAAGAACCAGCACGACACGGUCAUCACCGGUUCGGGUAUGGCAUGUGUGGAUUCAGUGCGGCGAUCCCAGACGACGGCAAUAAACGCCUGUUCAUCGGAGCACCAGGCGCGUAUUAUUGGCAGGGCACGAUCUUCUCGCAGAAUAUCAGCAAUCAACGAGACCGACCGAACACUCGAGAUGGACCGGCCAGUCACGAUAAUUACAAUCUGGGAUAUGCAAUCGCAGUUGGUGAUUUCGAUGGCGAUGGUAACGACGACAUUGUGUACAUAUUCACAAGCAGUCUCGAACCAUUGCGAAAUUUAACCGAUCAUUCUGCACAACGCGGACAAUAUUUCGGUGCAUCUGUUGCUGUUUCGGAUUUAAAUGGCGAUGGAUUGGAUGAUAUCAUUGUCGGGUCACCAUUUUAUACGGAUUAUGUAACCGUUAAAGACGUGAAGACACAGGAACAAAAACCUCGUUAUGAAGUUGGCAAGGUGAUGGUCUUCUUCCAGAGCGCCGCGCAUGACUUCCCCAAAUGGGAAUCAAUAGUUGGUCAUUCAGAAUGGUCCCGAUUUGGAUUCUCGUUGGCUGCAGUUGGCGAUCUUAACCAGGAUGGUUACAAUGAUUUCAUCGUUGGUGCACCUUACGAUGGGGUAAAUGCCGAGGGAGUGGUGUAUGUGUAUCACGGAUCAAACGAUGGAGUUCGCACUCAGUUCACACAGAAACUGGAGGCAAGUAAGAUCAGCGCUUCUCUGCGCGGAUUCGGCUACUCGCUCGCUGGUGGAGGCAAAGAUGUCGACCAGAAUCAAUAUCCUGACAUCGCAGUCGGUGCCCAUCUGAGUUCACAUGCUCUUGUGUUCAAGACAAAACCUGUAAUAACAGUCACCGGCUCGAUCAGUACUGCCAAACACUCCAUUAAUCUCGAUCAGAAGACAUGUCCCACAGAAUUCGGUUACAUGGCUUGUGAUCAAUUGAAACUGUGUGUGCAGUAUGAGGGUAAAGGACAAUCACCGAACGAUAUCGAACUAAAAGUGAUUAUCAAUGUCGACUCGAAGAAAACGAUCAGUCCGAGAGCAUUCUUCAGGAGGCGUGAUUUGGCUCAAAAACGAAACGUUAAAGUGAGUAAGAAAUCGCUCUCAAAAGAACAGCCAAAUCUCAUCGAACAAACUCUUCACAUUCGAAGGAGAGAACGAUUCUGCGAUGACUACGACAUCUAUGUCUCGGAACGUUCAAGUGGUAUCUCGCUCUCUGGCAAUUUAGAACCAGCCAUUGAUAAUACAGUUCCACUGACAUUUGUUCAUGAGUUGUCGAUCGACAAGAACUGCGGUGCUGAUAACGAGUGCAUACCAGAUCUUCAGUUGCAUGCAAUAUCAAACAGGGAAAAAUUCACGAUCGGUUCCACAGAACAAUCGCUCUUAUUGAAUGUAUCGGUGAUGAAUCGUGGUGAAGAUUCUUAUGAAUCACAGUUUUUCAUCCUACUUCCACCUGGCUUUGAAUACGGUGGCAUUGAGAACUACAGCGCAAAGCAACCAUUAAGCUGUUCACCACAAACCAAGGAUACUAAGCAGUCAGCAAAAGAAGAAGAAGAAUACAAAUUUGUAUGUGAUAUCGGCAAUCCACUGCCAUCGAACGCACACAUUGAAUUCGGAUUUCGAUUAUCAGCGACUGGUAUUGAUACGAGUAAGGAAGAGAUCGUGGUGAAGAUGUUUGUGAAUAGUACGAACGCGGAGAAUGAAGAAACUCGCACCGAUAAUGCCCUUACGCUGCACAUCCCACUCGAAAUGAAGGCACAGUUAUCGUUGGUCGGCAGAUCAACACCCGAACAACUGGAUUACUCUAUCAGAAAUACACUCCCCAUUUCGAAGGCUCUUUUCGACUCCGACAUCGGACCUGUUGUUAGUCAUCUUUAUCAGGUAAUCAAUCGCGGUCCGAGUGCAAUAAGCAGCGCAACACUCGAUAUAAUAUGGCCAAGUUUCGCAGGCAAUGGUCAGCAUCUAUUGUAUCUAAUCGAUAACGUACAAGUGAAUGAUGCAUCUAAAGUGAAAUGUCGCGUCAGGCAAAAUCGGAAUGUUAAUCCGGAGAGUUUAACGAUAUCGAAUGAACACAUUCCAACACCAUCAGCGAUAAUUUUCGACGAAAGUUAUGAUGAAAAUGGUGAUGAACACGUUCAUGAUCAAUACGAAGAUCUGAAGAGACGUCGUCAUAAACGUGAUGCUUCCCCUCAAAAUGAACACGAUUACGACAAAACUCGAAUGGCGGUCACGUCCAAGAAUGAGAUGAAGAAUGCAGUAAGACUCGCGAAAGCAUCUUCAUCUGCCAUCGAAUACAAAGGAUAUUUGAGUCGUGCCACUUUGGAUUGCAAUUACAAUAAUUGUACGCAUAUCGAAUGUGACAUCGGUUAUCUGCACGAGGAUGAGUUCAUUUUGGUCGAGGUCUACUCACGUUUAGUGCUCAACACACUUGUCACCAACAAUAUCCUCGAGGCUGACAUCUCGUCUAUUGGCAUCGCAAAAAUAACUUCUCUUUCCAAUGCACCUUCGUCCAAAUACAAUCCUCCCGCACAACUCACUGCUGUAACAACCGAUGUGAAUCCGACCGAUCCAGAGCAAUCGCAGCGCGGUGUUCCGUGGUGGUUAUAUUUACUGGCGAUUCUAAUUGGCUUGGUCAUUCUCGCAUUGCUUAUUUUAUGCUUAUGGAGGUGUGGAUUCUUCAAACGAAACCGUCCACCGACCGAACAAGCCACUUACAAGAAAGGUUUAAAGGGCACCGAUGAUAUGUAUGCAGACAGCAAAGUGCGUUACGCACAUCCCUACAUGUACUCGGAACAACGGCACGGUGUUAAAGUCUAG